UAUAGAGGGGAGGGGAAGAGAGAGAGAGAGAGAGAAAGAGACAGGAGAUCGACAGAACAGAUAGACUGGAAAGGAAAAACAAUAGUCACGAUGCCAAGCACUGAAGUAAAACUAUUCAUUUUCUACACGAGAUUUCUAUAACAGGACAUGCACUUUACUUUUCCUGGUUUACAAACGUGUUUCUUUUAUCUUGAAAAGAGAGACUUGUUUCAGAAAGAAUAAUUGGAAAUGAAGUGGACUGCUGUGCAAGGAAUCUGAUGAGAAAUCCAUCUAUCCAUUUUCUGAAGUGCUUAUUCUGAUGGAGGUUGUGGUGGUAGGAAUCUGAUUAGUGAAGGCCAGACCUCUUCUCCCAAACAACAAUCCCCAGUUCAUUCUGCAGGAUUCUGAAGCAUUCCCAGUGCCAUGAUUUCUUCUCGCUACUGAAUGCAGAUGCUGUGACAAGGAGAAACAAAAAUGGAUUCUACUGUGUCAUAUCUAACAACAGAGUCAAAUAAUUCAAAUUCAAAUUCCUGUGAUCUCUACGGUCAUCGCCAUGUUGCAAAGAUUCUUUUACCACUGCAUUACUCUUUUGUUUUUAUAAUAGCUCUGCUGGGAAAUGGGCUAGCAUUGAGUGUCAUUCUAAAAAACAGAGGGAAAACUAAUUCCACAACUCUGUACUCAACAAACCUUGUUAUUUCUGACCUCCUUUUUACAACUGCCCUGCCAACACGGAUAGUCUACUAUGGAAUGGGAUUUCAUUGGCCCUUUGGUGAAGCUCUCUGCCGAAUAACAGCACUCCUGUUUUAUAUCAACACCUAUGCAAGUGUUAACUUUAUGACAUUUUUAAGUUUCGAUAGAUUCCUUGCUGUUGUGUAUCCCUUCCGUUUCACCAAAUUAAGGAAGAUUCAGAAUGUGAAAUACAUGUGCUGCCUGGUUUGGCUGAUAGUAUUGUUUCAGACACUUCCUCUGCUUGUAAUGCCUAUGUCAAAAAACGUUGGUGGAGGUAUGAUUACUUGCAUGGAAUACCCAAACUUUGAAGGCACAGAUAACCUGCCACUAAUACUGCUUGGUGCCUGCUUCUUGGGAUAUGGAAUUCCACUGGUUGUUAUUUUAGUCUGUUAUUCUCAAGUAAGUUUUAAACUGUAUAACAUUGCAAAGCACAAUCCUUUAACUGAAAAGUCUGGGAUAAACAGAAAGGCUAUCAAUGUAAUCGUCCUGGUGAUUAUUGUGUUCAUCAUCUGUUUUUCCCCUUACCACAUCGAUAUAAUACAGUAUAUGAUCAAAAAGCUAUGCUAUGUCCCUUCCUGUGAAGAAUUCCAGGCAUUUCAGAUAUCUCUACAUUUCACAGUGUGUCUAAUGAACUUCAAUGGCUGCAUGGAUCCUUUCAUUUACUUCUUUGCUUGUAAAGGAUAUAAAAGAAGAGUUAUGAAGAUGCUGAAACGUCAAGUUAGUGCAUCACUCUCAAGUGCUGUUCGGACAGCACCAGAAGAAAGCUCACCUGGGGUAUUAGAAACUAAAUUGGUAGGGUCUCCAACUUCCUCUGUGAAAAACUGACACCACAGGUUGACUGCAUAAAGUGCCUUGAGGUUUCUGUUACAGUCCCCUCACACAGUCCUAAUCCACUCUAGAAUGAAAAGUUUGAUUGCUAUUAAAAGUUGAUAUGUGUCUGGCCUGUAUUAGGUGACUCAAAAGACCAUGUGGCAAUUCUUAAAAAUAAGUACAAAGUAAUUCUAUAAUAUCUGAUGAGAAAACAAGAGAGACUAGUUUUCAUUUGGGUAAAUACUGUAAAAUGUGUAAAUAACAAAUGUCAAGAAGGGUGUUUCAAGCUCUGAACUGCUUGAAUAAUAUAAAUAUUCAUAAGAAAUGCAAACCAGAUGUCAUAUGAACAUUUUAUCAUUCUGCAAUGUAUGCUACUUUUUUGGGACAUACCAACAUACUGAUUUGGCUUUCUUCGCUCAUUGUCUUUUAAAUAAGAACUGGAAACACUAGCAAAACAAGAAUUUGUAUCACACAGUAUAACUCAGGAUAAAUUAUUUUUUGACUUUAAAUAAUUAAAAGUGAAAAGCAGUUCAAACUGUCACAUCUGAAGUGACAAAUAGUGCUAGCUAUCCUGCCAAUGUCUAUAGAUUAUCCAGAAUGAUAAAUAUAUUUUAUACAAUAGAAGAUCUGUUCCUAAAGACUUGUUUAAAUUUCCUACGAGUGGUUUCUACUAACUUAUAUCUGAUAAUAUUAUUUUAAAACACAACUGACUAUACAUAAAUGGUCAAGUUGAUAUAAGAAGAAUUUCAGGAUGUAUAAAUUAUUGUGACUUAAGAAGGCUGUGCCAUAGUAUCCAUUUAAUAAGCUACCAAGACAAUGUGGUGUUUAGCUCUCAGUCAUAGGAAUAAACACAGUAAGGAAUAAAACACACAAUAGGGAAAUAUAAUAUAGACUUUAAUCUCCACAGUAUAAACCAUACAAAGGCUCAGGUAACCUGCUUUCAUUACAUAAUAAUGCUGGUAUUUGUGUAAAUUGGUUUAAUUCCAGAUGAAAACCAUUUAUUCUGAAUUUGCAUACACAUCAUAUGUCUCAUAUACAAAGGCCCCUGUACACUUCAAGUCUCAUUUUGUUUGAAGAUCUCAGGUUUUGAAAUCAUAUAAAUAUAUAAUGUGCAGCCUGUACAUACAUAAAAUAAAAAGUUUUUAAUGUUUAUUAAGUAAUAUUUACUAUGUGUGGUGAUAUUCUUCAUUAUUGUGUACAACAAAUGAUUAAGAUUUUUUUAACCAGAUAUCUCCUUUCCACAUGGCUCAGUUAACUUUCCUUGGAAUAGUUAGACAUUUUAAAAUACAUGAAUGCUUUGCUUGUUACUGCAAAGCAUUUUUGUCAUUAUGGAUUAAAUAUUAAACACAGUAAUCUGGAAUAAUGAGCAUGCAUAUACGUACGAUGAGUUGUCCUGCUUUGUUUCAGAAGGGUAACUAAGACUGAACUUAACUGUUAUUUAAAUAAAUAUAUUAUCUAUUCAGUGA